AUGGGGUUCCUCGAUGGCUUGUGCGACUCCCCGGAUGGAGAGGCGGAGUUCUCCUGGCAUGAUUUCUGGCUCCUGGAUAACGUCUGCUCCCUGACGACGCUAGGCGCCGUGGUAGCCGGCCUGGUCGCCCUGAUGUCCUUCGUCGCUAUGCUGGUGCAGUAUGGCUGCAGCAGCAGCGGCGGCGGUUGCCGCGCCACGGGCUACGCCAACAAGCUGUGGAACAGCGUCAACGACGGCGGCGGGCGGGAGGAGACGAAAGGAAGCCACGCUGACGACUACGGCGGCGGAAACUUCGCCUCAAGCGCAGCCGAGCCGCUGCUUGCGGGGAACGACUCCUCCACAGCAGCAGGCGCGGGCGGGGAUGGUGAUGAUAUCGCCAACUCCUUCUUCGGCGUCAUGGCGGCGACCACAGACGAGAACGACAACGAGGCCGGGAAGGUGGGGGGUGCGGGAGGCAAGAAGACGCCCAAGAAGGGCACCGGCCUCCACUGGCUCAAGCUCCUGCUGUACUGGACCCAGGCCGGGUACCACCUCAGCGUGGGAGCCUUCACCCUGGUCGACGACCGCGCUGACAACAACCCGUACAAGUGUGAGUUUACAAUCGUAUUGCUGGGCGGGGUGACAUGUCACGUGUCCUUCUCUAUCCUAAUCCUGGCGUGGACGGUUCAUUGCUGCACCGAGUGCGUGCACCACGCCAUGAUGCGCAGGCGGCGCAACCCUGCAUACCAGGCCAUUUUUCCGGCGGUCGCCUUCGCAACGGCGCUCUGGACCUUGCUCCGGACCGACGGAUUUGGUGUAGUCGGUGCAUCCGAGCCUGCGGCGUGGGACCUCGGACUUCUGUUGCUGAUCGUCGCCGUGGAGAUCUGGUCUUGCAUUCGUGUCGUGCCCAUCAAGUACUACAACCACUUGACCCCGGAGUACUCCUCGAGCAUCUGGUCCAUGUACAACUUCAACUGGUACACGCGGGUCAUUGACAGGGGCUACAAAGGGGAGCUUAAGAUGGAACAGCUGCCGGAAAUUGUGGACGAUGACCGAGCGGAGACCAUUUGGGCGCGCUACGCCAAGCUGCUGUACCCACGUGGGCAGAGUGCCGUUCUAGACGGAGAGGAGCUGAACGUAGGCAGGAACAUCGUCCGCCUUGGGGGAAAGAGAUACUUCCUGCAGGCAAGUCUCGGCCGUCGGAAAACAAAUCGCGCGGCGACGGCGCUCGUCGGGGCGCUCACGCAGCUCGUGUCGCCCUUGGCUCUCAACCAAAUCACGGACUACAUGGACACGUAUGACAAGGAUGCUCCGAAGCAGGGCAUCCCUCUCGUCGUCCUUGCCUCGGUCGCAGGUCUCUUCCUAGGCCAGGGCGUGGCGAACUACUGCGACGCGACCAUGUUCAAGCUCGGGCGUCGCAUGGGCAUCCGGUCCCGCUCGGCGCUGAUAUCGGCGGUGUUCCGCAAAGCGAUGACCCUCGACAUGAGUAGCGCAAACGCGGGACAGCUCCAGAACCAUAUCUCUGUGGAUGCGGAGGCGGUGCUGAACCUCAUGGUGUUCCAGAUGUUCAUGUGGAGCGCGCUGGUGCGUCUGGUGUCGUGCAUCAUCCUGCUCUUUUGGGUGCUGGGCGUGUCGGCCAUCAGCGGGCUCAGCCUCGUCUUCCUGUCGCUGCCCCUCAACAAGGUUCUGGUAGAAAAGCUCAAGGCCUUCCAGCUCGAGCUCAUGAAGAGGCGUGACGGUCGCAUGUCCGUGGUGAACGAGGCCAUGAACGGCGUCCGCAUCAUCAAGCUUUUCGCCUGGGAACCGAACUUCCUCAAGAAGAUGGUCGACGCCCGGUCUUUGGAGAUGGUCCUCUUGAGGACGUACAUGUUCACCCUGGGGUGCUUCAUGGUUGUGGUCAAGGCAUCGCCGAAUGUGAUCGGCACGGUGACCUUUCUGGUGCACACCAAGCUCCUUGGGUACCCUCUAACGGCUGCCACCGGCUUCACCGCCCUGGCUCUGUUCAACCAGCUUCGCAUGCCCCUCAUCGUGCUUCCCGACACCCUCAACUACUACAUCCAGGCUCGGGUUAGCUUCCGGCGGAUCGAGAGCUUCCUGUCCCGCUCCGCAGACGACGUCCGCAACGAAGACGUCUACGGCAAAGCCGGCUCCGACCGUCACUCGCCCGACCUAGCCUCCGGCGAGAUCAAGAUUCAGAACGGUGAUCAAAGAUCGUUCCGGUGGAGGCAGUCUCUGGCACUCUCUCGCCCCACGCUCUCCAACAUCAACCUUGAGAUAAAGCCCAAGCAGCUGGUUUGCGUGUACGGCGCUACCGGUGCGGGCAAGAGCUCCCUGCUGAUGGCCUGCCUCCAGGAGCUUGUGACGGUGGAGGGCAGGAGCCUCAUGAACGGCUCCGUGUCGUACGCGAGCCAGCGGGCGUGGAUCCAGAACGCGACGGUGCGAGAUAACAUCUUGUUCGGCUGCGCGUUCGAUCCCCGGCGCUACGACAUGGUUCUUGAGGCGUGCGCUCUCCAGUCGGACUUGGAAAUCCUUGACUCCGGGGACCAGACCGAGAUCGGAGAGAAGGGGGUUAACCUUUCGGGGGGGCAGCAGCAGCGGGUCAGCCUUGCGCGGGCGGUGUACGCGGACUCGGACAUCGUGCUGCUCGACGACGUCCUCAGCGCCGUCGACGCCCACGUGGGCAAGCACAUCUUCGACAAGUGCAUUCGCAAGGUGUUGAAGUUGAAGACGGUGGUGCUGGUGACUCAUCAGGUCAACAUGUCCGCGCCAUAUGCCGACAAGAUUGUCGUGCUAGAUGGUGACGGCACCAUCAAGGAGCAGGGGACCUACGAGGGGGAGGGCCGUCUGACGGAAGUUAUCGAGGCGAGCGGUGCGAAGGCGAAGCUCGUUCGACAGAGCAGCGAAGCCAGCGUGGGGGGGGAUGACAAGGAACCGCAGGAGGGGGUCCAACCCCCUCCCGNCCGAAACUUUGUUGGUGUGUAUCAGACGUGGAUCAACCAGAUGGCCGUCGGCGACGACAGCGGGUCCGGCCUAUGGUUGUACAUCGCGGACACGAAGGACCCCAGCACGGCAGACUCCGGCAAGAAGAUCAUCGAGGUAGAGAAGCGGGCGGUCGGCCGGCCCAAGCUCGCCCUUUUCACCACCUACUUCCGCUACUGCGGGGGGUUAUGGUUCGGCAUAUUCUGGGCGGGACUGUCGGCUUUGUGGCAGGGGCUGACGGUGGCCCAGAGCUUCACCCUCAAGGACAUGGCGCGGAGCGUGUUCAGGGCGCCGGUAAGCUGGUACGACGCCACCCCUCUCGGCCGCAUCUUCAACCGCUUCAGCUCGGACAUCAUCACGCUGGACAAGGACCUCAUGAACGACGUCUCGAGCUACUCGGACAUGGUAUGCAUGACAACAAUCGUGGUAGGGCUUGUGCAAAGGUGUCAGCACGACAAUUGUUGCUCUCCCUCGCGCGUUUCUCAAGCGAGCGCUUUCUGGCUUGUGAGCAGGACAUGUAUUGAUUAUGUAGCGGUUGAAGAGAACAACGAGCUUCUUGGAGUAGUUGGCGUGGUGGUGGUGAUCGCCACGGCCAUCCCCGUGCUCACGGUGGCCAUGAUGCCCGUCUUGGGGCUCUGCUACUACUACUCGAACCGCUACCUCCAGUUGAAGCGCCUCGAGGCAGUCACGCGGAGCCCCCUGUACGCGCACUUCGGCGAGAGCGUGAGCGGCGUGGCCACCAUCCGCGCUUAUGAGGCGGAGAAUAGGUUUAUCAAAGGAAGCGAGGACCGCGUCAACAAUCUCAACCGCGCCCACUUCUCCCUGUGGUGCUCGAACUACUGGCUCACCAACCGCGUCCGCAUGAUUGGGGCCGCCGUGUGCGCCCUGGUUGGCGGCUUCCUCGUGGGCUCGGUCUCGAGCAUCGACGGUUCCACCGCGGGCCUGGUGAUAACCUACUCGCUCAACUUCACCCUCACCAUCGUGUUCACGGUUAGGCUCCACGCGCAGAUGGAGAUGAGCGUCAACUCCAUCGAGCGUCUGGACGAGUACUGCAAGGUUGGCUUUGCGGUUGCUUGUUCACACUGUUGUUUUUGA